AUGGUCUCGGCCCCGCAAAACGGCGUCACGGACUUCAUCAUCACACUACUCAACUCAUCGACGUCGUCACAUCAUCCCAUCACGGUCGGCAAGAUCGGCGUCUGGCGAGACAAUGAGAUUGGGUUCUUCCUGGUUCGCCAGUACUGGGGUAAAGGCAUCGCCGAGGAGGCGCUCAAUGCGCUGAUUCCGUACUUAUUUGGCGAGGUAGGAAUGAGCAAAAUCACAGCCGACACAGACCCAAGGAAUGGGGCGUGCGUUGGGUUGUUGAAAAAGGUCGGAUUUGUGGUAAAUGGGUUCAAGGAGAAAACAUACAAGGUUGGCGGGAACUGGACUGAUAGCCUGUACUUGAUAUUAGAGAAGGAGACAUGGCAAAAAAAGGAUUGA